ACAGAUUCUGUGAAGCAGGACUUGAAAUCCAAUUUGAUUUUUGCGGUACUGAUAGGAACUACUUAAAGCGUUAUUCUCCCCAAAUAAGCAAGAAUGGCACAAUAAGGACAUUUGUUGUCAACUGAUGUUUCUAUCAUUUGAAGGACGAAAAAUAUGCACAUUUUUUAAAACCGAGAAUGCUCUCUCAUGACCUUGGUUCUAUUUUGUUAAAGUCCAAACUUCUGAUAACUUGCUUUUGGAGAUCGAAUUGAAGCAUAAUUACCUUCAAGACAUUUUAGGAUAGUUAGCUGCAUUCGGUACUAAAACAACUGUUUCAAACCGGAUACUGUUGGAUCCAUAAGAGUAAAUAAAUUCCAUACUUAGAGAACUACGUCUUAGCUCAAGUCAAUUGGUGGCGGUAGUAGACGUGAGAAAAGUAUACUUUAGUAUCAAAAACAUACGAAGCUCAUGGAUUUUGGAAAGGAACAACGGAUUUCUCCCAGGGUCUAUCAAUUAGCCCAAAUAAUUUAUCGGGAGUUUGAAGUCAUAAAGAAGGUCUAUGGCGAAUCCGCAUACGGUGGAUUGGUACCUAUUGUUGUCGGUAUUCUAGAAGAAAUGGACCUCUUGACUGUGGAUAAGCAGAAAUUAGAUCUUGACUUAAAUCUUUUGACUGCCGAAAAGAAUGAUAUUUCUGUACAGUUGUGUCGUCAAAAGGAGCUUUACAUAGCUGCAAAAAGACAUAUUCACUGUCUAGAAGAUGAGCUGCUUGGUAUGAAAAAAGAAACGGACAAGAAAUUCGAAGAACUUGAGGAGAAUUCGAGACAUUAUCAACUUCUUGUCAAAAAUGCUAAUGAUCAUAUUUUUAGAUUAGAAGAAAGGGAACAAGAUCUUAGAUCAGAAUUAUCUGCACAAAAUGAAAGAUACACUAAAUUACUUAAAAUUUAUGUGGAUUAUAUAGAAACAAACAAUUUAUCUGUGUCAAACAACGAUAUUGAAUCGGGAACUGUAUGCGUUGGUUGUGAAAAAGAUACUGAAUCAAAUGAGCUAGUUAUGAAAUCGACCGUUAAUUCAAACCCCACAAAUGAAAAUCCCAAUCAAAUUUCAGUAGAAUCGGGUUACAUUUUAAACACGAAUUCUAGAAAUCAUGACAUUUCAACCAUUGGAAUUAAUUUAACACAUCCUCUAAAAUCUGAACCUGGUGUGAACGCUUUGCACUCUCUUGAUAGUUCUUUAAAGUCAAAUAAUGGUACCGCUUCUUUUGUUGACAUUUAUGAUGAUAUCGUAGAUUAUGAAACGGCUUUAGAAUCAACUCCUGCUAUGGGCACUGGUGAUGAUGUUGAAGAAAUUGGUAUGAUCAAAGAAGUUGAAAAAUUAAUUAAAGAGAAUACUGAUUUGUAUGAAACAAAAAAUGCUUUAAAUAUUUUAAAAGAUGAUCUAAUUAAAAAACUAGAUGAAGUGACCGGUGAGAAAUCUAUGUUAAUUCAAGAAAUACAUGCUAUGCGUACCAAUAGAGAUGAAAUUAAAUCUGAAGCUAGUCGUUUAUCACGUUUAGUUUAUGAAUGUCGUGAUCAAAUAUCUAGCUUAACUGCUCGUCUUAAAAUUUAUGAAGACGUCAACGAGGCUGAUCAACGUUCAUCUAGAUUACUUCUUACUUCAAUACAACAGUCGAAAUCCUGUUGGACAUUAAAUGCAGAAAGUACAUGUCACACAUCAUCAAAUUAUCGUAAUAAAUCUGUAGAUAAUUUGAAUGAUGUUUCACCAUUGAAUGAUAUGAAUAAAACUGAAGAUGGAUACGAUUUACAGAGUACCCUUAAUAAAGUACCGAAAUUCGGUGAAGCUUUCUUCACUAAACGAGAAAUGGCUCGUGUUAUCGCAGAACGUAACAGUUAUAAAGAGAAAUUCUUGGAACUACAAGAUGCAAUGCGCUUAAUGAAUACAUUACGAGUAGAUCAGAAAUCUCGUUUACAAGUUUCGACGGGUGAUGGUUUUGAGCGUUGGGUACCAAGGUCAUUCUUUUCAACCGUCCAGUCGGGUUUAACUGGAUUAUUCUCAACUUUUGAUCAGGCUGUUCCUUUAGCUUCUGUUUUGCCGUCAGAAGCUCAAUGUCUUAGUCCAUAUCAGUUAAAUGAUUCUAACCACUCUUGGUCACAAGGUUCUUACAAUUUAUCAGUUCAGUAUAUGAAUUCCCCAAGUAAUGGACGGAGGAAAUCUGUUGGAUUAAGAAACAUGUUUAGCAGGCUAUUUGGUUAUACAAUUGCAUAUGGUCCUGAUUCAAACACCGUUAAUGUUGGUCAUGAUUUAACUGCCGGUGUAGAUAGUCACUCAUCAGGCGAAUCUGUGUCGAAAUCACUGGAAUCUAACCUUAAUUAAAAUCGAUAUAAUUUCGACAGAUAUAUAAUGAUGUUGGAAUAGUUCUUAAAUUAUCUCAGUUGAAUAUCAGUGAUAUCUCUUUGACUAGCUUGGAAUAAUAAUUCUUUUCUCAAACUAUGUAAUUACGAUUAAAUGUAAUAAUGAUGACGUUGUUAUCAAAUUAUAAUAUUUUUUUGCAAUUUUACAAUUUCCACAUCUUGUUCUCUUUUAUGUACACAACUUUAUCACUGUCAUCUAUCAUUAAUUCUACACUUCAAUUACACUUACAAAUUCGAAUAAAAAUAAGUAUAUUUUUUCUUUUUAUAUUGAACAGCUUCAUUGUUUUUGCUGUUUAAACCAAUUCUUUCAUAAUCGGUGCUUGUAUGUGUUAAGUUGAACAAUUUACUUCAUUCGUUUGUGUCAGCGCCUGUGUGUGUUAAUCGAAGAGAAUGUUAUUUGCCAUGCCUUCAUUUAUUAUUUUUUUCAUUUCACCAUGUCUUUCAUAACUUGUAUUUUGACUUCUAUAUUUUUUUAUACUAAAAACCAACAUUACUUGUUAACCAACAUUUGUGUAUCUAAGCAACUACGUUUUAUUGAUUAUAUAUCAGCCGUACUUUUAAAGCAACAUCUAGUAGAAGUAGUAGUAUUCAGUGCAUUAUUUAUUUUUCUACAUUAUUUAUGUGUUCUAUUUUGUUUUUCUGUGAAACAUCUGCAUUAUCUAUUUAUUGUCUUUUUUAAAAAUGAAAUUUGCUCUGUUACGUAGCUCCCAUCAAAAAAGAAAAUAAAACUUUUAUUUAGUGAUAUUGUCCAGUUGAAUGCGCAUUAUAAUUAUGUUGUGCUGUAUAUUUUUUUGGGGAAUAAAGUUAGAAGAACAAAACAAGACUGAGUGCAUUAUAGUUUUCCUGACAAGUCAGACAUACACUAACUAUAUUAUGACUUAAUAUAAAAAGUAACCGAUUGUACAUUUUUUGUAAUACUUCCUGUCUUGAAAUUAAGUUGUCUAACCUAUUCAUGACAAUAUUUUAUCUUAUAAAAUAAAAACAAUAUUGUAGAGUUUCCAAUGGUUUUAUUUUACACAGUUUGUUUAUAUUAAAUUAUUUCUUCAUUACAUACUGAGUUAACAACAAACAUGCAUCCAACUUAGUGUUUUACAUCACCAACUAAUUUUUGUUAGGGACUCAUUGGGAUUCUUAUUCUAUUUAAACAAAAUAGCUACUCAAUGCUUCCUUGUCUUCAAUGGUUGUCUAACCAGUCAGUCCGUGGUUUGUAACUUCAAACUGAACUAUCUGUGCAACAUCAUGAAAUAACGAAGUAAUAAUUGUUUGAUAUUUAAUAAAUUAAUCUUGGG